GAUGCCGCUGGUCAAACGGAUUAUUGAGCCCAGGUAUCUGUGUCGCGGGACGCUGCCUGAUGGGGUCGCCAGUGAGCUGGAGUGUGUCACCAACAGCACCCUGGCUGCUGUGAUCAAACAGCUGGGAGGACUCAGUCGUCAUGCGGAGGACAUCUUCAGCGAGCUGUUCACGGAGGCCAACAGUUUCUACCUGAGGAUGAACAGUCUGCAGGAGAGAGUGGACCUGCUGGCAGUGAGGGUCACUCAGCUGGACUCCACGGUGGAGGAGGUAUCUCUGCAGGAUAUCAACAUGAGGAAAGCCUUCAGGAGCAGUACCAUCCAGGACCAGCAGGUGGUGUCACGGAGCUCCAUCCUCAACCCGGUGCUGGAGAUGUACCACCGCUGCGACAAACCCCCCCCCCUCAACAUCCUCACACCCUACAGGGAUGAUAAGAAAGAUGGUCUGAAGUUCUACACUGAUUCGUCUUAUUUCUUCAACCUGUGGAAAGAAAAGAUGCUUCAGGCGACAGAAAACAAACGAAAAGAGAAGAGACGUCAGAAG